UCUCUGUUCUUCUACUGCAACUCCCACUUGGAUCAAUCACCCACUCCAAUUUCCCAAAAUGGAUCUCUCUCUCCCUAAAUUCCGAUCCCGUCUCCUCGCCUGGCUCUGCAGAUCUCGACCCGGCCCAAUGAUAUUUAUGAAGCGUUUUCCAUACAAAGAUAUAAAGAGAGCUACAGAUGGUUUUCAUAGGAUCAUGUAUACCAACUCUCACAUAGUUGUCUACAAGGCCAGAUAUCAAGAUGGCGGGGUUGCUUUGGUAAAAGAAAUUAGAGAUUAUAGUCAGGCAGAACAUGUCUUCUACAGGGAAAUGCAACUCUUGGGGCGUCUGCAUCAUCGGCAUCUUCUUGCUCUCAGGGGUUUCUCUAUCGGAAAUAAACGGUUGUUAGUGUUUGACAACAUAGAAAGAGGGAGUUUGAAGGAACAUCUUAAUGAUCCCCUUAGGACUCCCUUAAAUUGGAGGACAAGACUACAAAUAGCUGUUGGUGUGGUGGCAGCAUUGGAGUAUCUGCUUCUUUUCAAUGAACCCCCAAUGUUUCAUGUCUCCAUUAGCUCAAGUAACAUCAUGCUAGAUGAAAACUUUAAUGCAAAGCUUUCAGACAUUGGCCUUCAAAGUUCCGGUGAAAAUUAUGUCACAGUGCCUCAUAACUCAUGUCCAAAAGAUUGCAUGGGUCAGGAAUGUGGCAACAUUAUGUUCCAACUUGGGGUGCUGAUCCUGGAGCUAAUCACUGGUCAGUCAUCUGAAAAUGGAGGUGCUGAUCUAGUUCAGUGGAUCCGGGAGUCUCGCUUCAGCAGUUCAAUUGACAAUAUGAUAGAUCCUGAUCUAGGUAAUAGUUACGAUUCUAGGGAGCUCAAAAGUCUUCUAGCUGUAGCGAAGUUGUGUGUUAAAUCUGGAGAUAAGCCAACGACUUCUAUUCUGCAUAUACUCCGCUAUCUCCAGAAAAAAUUAGAUAUAUCUCGUGACUAG